CUCGCGCCAGCCUGCCCGCCAAUCGGAGGAGCGGCAGCCGGAGCCGGAGCGGCGCGCCAAUCGCCGGCUCGCCAGCGACACAGGGCGCGGAGCCGGGGAUGUCCUACAAGCCCAUCGCGCCUGCCCCCGCCAGCUCCGGAGCCGCCACCGCCGCCGCCGCCAGCAGCAGCCCCGCCCCCGGAGCCCCGCCGGUCGCCACAAGUGUCCCAUCUCCAUCUGGAUCUGUUCCUGGAGCCUCUGCCCCUUUUAGACCUCUUUUCAACGAUUUUGGGCCCCCAUCCAUGGGCUACGUGCAGGCUAUGAAGCCACCAGGUGCCCAAGGUUCCCAGAGCACAUACACGGACCUGCUUUCUGUAAUUGAGGAGAUGGGCAAGGAGAUCCGACCUACUUAUGCAGGCAGCAAGAGCGCCAUGGAGCGGCUGAAGCGAGGGAUUAUCCAUGCCCGAGCACUGGUAAGAGAGUGUCUGGCAGAGACAGAGCGCAAUGCCCGUACGUAACAGUUGCUUCCUCCUGGCACCGUUCUUUGGACUUUCUGGCCAAUCAUCACCACUUUGAAAUUGGAGAUCCGCCCCCUGCUCUUUCCGUCAAUCAGUGUUGUACAUACUGGAACUACCAUUGCCUUCAAAGACCUUUACACCAAUUGACACCUAAGAAUCUGAAGUGUCUCCUGCUGCAUCAGAAUACUUCCCAUCAAUUGGCGUUCUGGGAAUUGAUGCAGAAACAUUUUGUUGCACACACCUGCUCAACCAAUGAGAAUAAUGGCUGGUAGCAAGUCUGUCAUUAUAAAUUAUGUGGGGGGUUAUAAAUAAAAGAAAAGCUUUGGAAAUGAGAUUCUAUCUUUUUCCCUGUGUGUUUUUAAAACCUCAUGUGAUGGAAACUAAGACAUUGAGGGUCUGUAUUGCAAGAUGUGCUUCCAUAGAAAAGCAGUACGUGACCCUCUCUAGCGCUUGCAGUGAAAACUUCAGCCAGGAGCCAUUGAGCCAAUACUGGAAAAAUUGUAAUAAAAUAUUUCUACUCCUUG